CACUUCAAAACCAAGAUGGCGACCCCCAUGAGCAGAAGGAUUUGCUCCGCUAGUUUUUCAAGGUUACCUAGUCUGUAUCCUCAAUCAGUUCGUGGGUUCUUCACACAGAAUGGGGGUUUGUUAUUCAGGGCAACCCAGCCAAUGUGUGCGGAACCUCCAAAGAAAAAGAAGAGGGCGGACCCUAAGAUGGAGCAGAUGAGACAGCAGAGAUUACUGAAGCGCAUGAAGAAGGUUCAAUUCAAGAUGGGAGACCCAGAGCUUAAACCUGUGGAGGAAUUCAGAACGGAUAGAAAACUCCUCUUGGACGACAAAAGGAAAAGAGAACUUCCAGAUAUUUCUUACGACGAGCAAGAAAGACGUGCCCUCCUACAGAAACGCUGGGCCCGCUACCGUUUCCAAGAACACGUCAAGGAGACCCAUCUCAUGAAAGACAUUCUCAGAGUCCAACAGAAGGCACUCCAGGAGUUACGAGCCGAAUCGGAGGACCUCUACCUAGCUGCCGUAGAGCGCGACACCAACUUGUUCCCGUUUGAAGUUAAUGGCCCAGUCCACACCCCUCCAAUUCCCGGGUAUUCCAAAGAUAGUCCGGAUGGAGAGUAUGUUGAUGUUACCAAGCAGUAUAAAUAGUGUAGGUAUUCAAUUAAUCUUCAGGGGUGAGAUAGUUCAAACCUUUUACCCAAGUACAGACUUUGCGAAGUCUAUACCUGGUAAUCAAGAUGCUGUAACUUUCUCCAAAUUUAAAGGCACUGGAAACUUUUGGUAAUUACUCAACAUAUUUAUCAACACAAAAAACACACUUGGUCUAACGAG